AGCAACGCCAGCCUCAAGCGACGCCACGUGCAGCCGAGCGCGGCACGCCCGCUCACCAGGGCGCACACUGCGCCGCGGCGCCAGCCGAGGCCGCCGACGCACCCGGCCGGCGCCGUGGAUGGGCAGCGCGUCUUCGGCCCCUCCCAGCUGCUAGAGCCACGCGCGCCCCGCCAUGUGGAGCAGCCCGGCGCCAGAGCGGGCGUCUCACCGGGCCGCGGGCUGGCGGGUGGCCACCGCGUCGCCCAGCCCGGCCCUCUUCGCCUCGCCGGCGCGCCGCUCGCCGGUGGCCGCCUCGCCGCUGGCGGCGGCCUCGCCGCUGGCUUCGUCGCCGCUGGUCGCCGCGUCCCCGGGCCGCCGACACCCCGCGCGCCUCGUCGCGGCCUCCCCGGUGGCGGGGCACUCCCCCAGCGGCCCGCCGUUGGCGGCUCUGGCGGCACCGCCGCCCGCCUCGCCACUGGCCCCUUCGCCCUUCUUCCCAGCACCCCGCCGCGGACCCACCACGCCGGCCGUGGCCGCGAGCGGGCCGACGCCCUUCCCAGUCUUGCCGGGCGCCGUGGCCAGCCCUGUCCGGACGCCCCCCACGCCAUUGGGUGGCCGAUCGACGCUGGUCGCGCAGUGCGACCCACCCCUCGCCGAGACGUUGCUGAUGCGCGCCGAGGGUUGUUGGCAGACUGGCCAGUUCGCAGCUGCAGCGCAGCUCUACGGGGAGGCUGGUCUGCUUGCCCCCCUCGCGGCGCGUUCGUUGUGCCACUUCGGGGAGUGCCUUGUGCAGGCUGGCCAAGGUGCCGAGGGCCGCGAGCAUCUGCUCAAGGCCCUCCACUCAGAUGACGCGGCCUGCCACAUGCACUCAGCAGUGGCGCUGGCCUUGUCGCACGUGGUGGACCAGCAGCACGAUGGGGCUCUCGCGUACUGCAGCGUCGCGGAGGACCUCUACUGGGCGAAAAGACAGGUCCGCGGUGCGCGCCAGGAGCUCCAGAUGGCGCGCGCCCUCCGAGCGCUUGUGCAGCUGCGCCAGGGCUGCUCCGAGGGCGUGCUGGAGACGCUGCGCAGCUACGACGGCUCGGAGACCGCGCCGGACCCGGGCGGCCGCAGCAGGCCAGGCUGGCGGUGGGAUGAGCUGAUCCAGGUGACGCUGGCCCGCGCGCGCGCGCUCCGCGGCGACCUCGACGCCGCCGCACGGCACCUCGCGGCCGCGCGGGCACUCGCGGGCGCUGCGGCCGCGGACGUCCUGGUGGCCGAGGCGGAGGUGCGGCACGCGCGGGGAGACGACCAGGGCGCGGAGGAGCUGCUGCGCGCCUCCCUCGCGACGGACGAGCGGCCGCCCUUGGCGCUGCUUCGCCUGGGCCACCUGCUCCUCUGCCGCGGCCAGCCGGGCCAGGCGGCGCCUCCCCUGCAGGAG